UUGCCCCUGUCAGAGGCAAGGCAGCUCAUUCAUCUUUGUCUUUGGCGUUGGUGGAGAGUGAAAAGAAACGGCAGAAGAAAUUGAAAUUGCGGUUGCGGGGAUGGCUGACGGCGAUUCUCAGCAUGACCUGAAAUUCAUUCUCUCCUCCGGAGAGAGAGACUUCCUCGUUCGGAACAAUGGCGAUCAGGUAAAGAUAAGCGAUUUGAGCGGCAAGACCACUGGACUCUACUUCUCGGCUUCAUGGUGCGGGCCGUGUCGGCGAUUCACUCCAGAACUUAUAGAUGUUUACAACGAUCUCUCGGCGAAGGGCGGUUUCGAGAUCGUCUUCGUGUCUGCCGACCAGGAUGAGGAGGAGUUCAAUGGGUAUUUUUCCAAGAUGCCAUGGCUCGCAAUUCCGUUCUCUGAUUCCGACACCCGCGAUCGCUUGGAUGGAAUUUUCCAAGUAAACGGGAUACCACACCUUGUGAUCCUCGACGCAAAUGGGAAGGUUUCGACUGAAGAGGGUGUUGAGAUCAUCGGAGAGUAUGGCGUGGAAGCCUACCCAUUUACGUCGGAAAUCAUCAACCAACUCAAAGAGGAAGAAGAGGCAGCCAAGAAGGAACAGUCACUGAGAUCUAUCUUGGUUUCCUCCUCUCGUGACUUUCUGAUUAGUAACGACGGGAACAAGGUUCCGGUCUCAGAGCUUGAAGGGAAGGUGGUGGGUCUAUAUUUCUGCUCGUCUUUUUAUGGUUCCUGUGUAGAAUUCACCAAGGAAUUCGUGGGAAUUUACAAUGAAUUGAAGGAGAAAGCAGAGAGCUUUGAGGUUGUCUUAAUUUCCCUUGAUGACGACGAAGAAUCAUACAAGAAAAGUUUUGAAAUCGUGCCUUGGCUAGCAUUACCCUUCAAGGACAAGAGUAUCAGCAAGUUGGUUCGAUACUUUGAGCUCUCGACGGUUCCCACACUGGUUAUAAUUGGGACUGACGGAAAAACUCUCCAUUCCAAUGCUGUCAAGAUCAUCGAAGAACAUGGUAUUCAGGGAUACCCGUUUACAGCUGAAAAGUUAGCAGAACUUGCAGAGAUUGAGAAGGCCAGACUCGAAGCGCAGACACUCGAAUCAAUUUUGGUCUCAGGGGAUCGGGAUUUCGUGAUUGGGAAGGACGGUGCCAAGAUUCCGGUGUCAAAACUUUUGGGGAAAAAUAUCCUGCUCUACUUCUCGGCGGAGUGGUGCCCUCCAUGCCGUGCUUUUCUGCCCAAACUAAUUAAGGCAUACCAUGAGAUCAAGGCAAAGGAUGACGGAUUCGAGGUAAUCUUUAUCUCGAGCGACAGUAACCAAUCUUCCUUCGAUGAAUUCUACUCGGGUAUGCCUUGGUUGGCACUCCCCUUCGGUGACGAGAGGAAGAAGUCGUUGAAUCGCAGAUUCAAGGUUACUGGAAUCCCUACUGCCGUAGCCAUUGGAUCCAGUGGCAGGACUGUUACAACAGAUGCAAGAAAUCUGCUGAUGGCACACGGAGCUGAUGCUUAUCCUUUCACAGAUGAGCGUGUGAAGGAGAUUGAGUCGCAAUUAGAGGAAAUUGCAAAGGGGUGGCCUAAGAAUGUGAAGCACCCACUCCAUGAGCAUGAGCUUUUCCUUACUCGUCGUAGGAUUUACAAUUGUGAUGGGUGUGAGGAAGUAAACACUGGGUGGUCUUUCUAUUGCAAGAAAUGCGACUAUGAUCUCCAUCCCCAGUGCGCACUCAAGGCCAGUGAUGAUGCUAUAGAGGAGAAUGCUAAUGGUGACAAUGAAACCAAAGAAGGAUGGAUCUGUGAUGGGGAAGUUUGUUUUAAAGCUAAUUAACAAGUUACUUGUGAUUUUCGUUUCUACUUUCUUGUUGGAACUUGUGGAUUCUGUAUUUCUAUUUAUUUUCUAUUUGGCUUGUUUUGAGUUGCCUCCAUGGCUAUAUAUGGCUAUGGGCUAUGUCUGUAAGAGCCUAAGAGGUUGUGGUUGUGGUGUUAAGAACUGUCCAGUUUGAUUAAUAGUUUGAUAUUAUCAAUUCCUUCUC